AUUACCGUAUAUUCCUACGUGGGCGGGUAUCCACAAGAAGGUUAUUUGUUUGCCUGCCUUAGUUAGGUCGUUGGAGCUUUUAAGUAUUUGAUUUAUUAAUUUAGGUCGGUUUACAGUGCCAAGCCCAAAUAGGGGUUUAUAUGGACAUUGACGCCCAUACAUGAACACUGAUCAGCUGUAUGACAUUAUCACAGUGCCAAGCCCAAAUAGGGGAAAAUAUGGACAUUGACGCCCAUACAUUAAAGGUUGAUCAGCGUUAUGACAUUAUCACAGUGCCAAGCCCAAAUAGGGGUUUAUAUGGACAUUGACGCCCAUACAUGAACACUGAUCAGCUGUAUGACAUUAUCACAGUGCCAAGCCCAAAUAGCGGAAUACGUUAACCUUAUCUCGUGAAAGCCACAUCUUCCAAAAUAUUAUCAUUGCACACAAAGUGUUUUCACCUGGUUUACGCCCUCGAGAAGCUAAGCGUCCCAAGAAACGGCAUAAUAAAUACAUGGACGACAAUCAAUACAUGGAUGACAAUCAAUAGGUCAAGUACGUUUCUCCUUUUGUUUGCGUCCACCUCGUAGCAAACAUUGGAUGUAACAAAGCAUCAUUCAAAUGGGCUCUGAUUGGAUCUUAUCUGAAAGCACCCAUCACUAUCUGCUUCCCUGAUGCCUGAUCUCCCUUUCUGACGGCCAUCUUUGUUCAGUGGCGUGGUAUGUCGUGGAAUACUGAACCAGAUCCAAAACGAGGCUUCUGUCUCCGCGUAGGCAAACUGACAUUUUACGACAUAUUGUAUCUUGCUCUCUGGGGAUGCGUGAUAUAUUACAACGCCUCCGUCACUAUGGAAGAUGGGGAGGAGAUCCCUCUAAGAGAAGGCAUUCCAAUCUUCAUCAGGUCCCCUGCUUGGACUGAAAGCAAGGAUUCUUUGGCGAGGCUGUUUAGUUAUUUUCGUAACCAUGGUUGGAAAAGAAUCUGGGAGGAUGUUGUAGAGACUUUACAUUCUGCCAGGGAACACAAUGCUUUCAAGGUCUUAGGUUAUGAUCCGGGCGCCACACUGGAGGACGUAACCUAUGCCUUCAGGAAGAGGUCGCUUCAGUGGACCCACACAAAGAGAAAGAUCUCCAAAAGAAGGAAGAAGCUCAAGAACAUUUUAUGGAGAUCCAGAAAACUUACGAGAGACUAUCAUCAAUUAAGGCUCAGAGAUCUGUCAAAAGUCAAAGUCAAGCCAACCACUAAAGGGAGAAUAUUGAUACAUAUUAGCAUUGUACAUGUAAGUGUGGUGUGAACAUCAUCACGUAGGUCGUAUGCACAUUUUGCCAAAAUCACAGACUUAGAGAAUAUUUACGUUUUAAUCAUCAGAAAAAAUCUCAAGUUUGAGAAAUCUAUGUUUUUGUGUUUUCUUCAUAUCGUAAAUUGGCAAAAUGUCAUUAAUUCUUUUCUUUUUCUUUUAAGAUCCAUAUCAGUGUACAUGUGAGCCUUUUCUACGGUUUGAAACAGAAUAUAAAUGUUUUGUUAAUUGUU